AUGAAUUCGAACUGGUUUUCUCAGUGGAAUGAGAGGCAACGUGAAGACGAGGAAGAUGAUGAAGAAUAUGAUGCACAGAGGCGAAGAAAUAUAACACAAGUUAUGGCAGAAGCAGCUAGCUGGUUGGCUACUAACCCACUUCAACAACAACCUCAAUGGGGUGGUUCUGUUCCAGGCCGCUCUACCCGUCAUCGAUCACGUGAGGUAGCUAAUGAAAAAUUGUUAAAUGAUUACUUCGUAGAUGACCCUGUGUAUCCUGCCGAAACUUUCAGACGACGUUACAGGAUGAGGCGUGAAGUGUUCCUCCGCAUGUUAGAGCAUGUCCAGACGGCGGAUCCAUACUUUAGGCAGUCACAAGAUUGUGCUGGCCGUCCAGGAUUCUCACCUCACCAGAAAUUGACGUGCUCACUCCGGAUGCUAGCCACUGCAUGCUCGGCUGAUUCCUUAGAUGAAUCCUUCUGUAUGCCGGAAUCAACAGCCAUUGAGAAUCUUAGUCGAUUUUGCGGUACCAUUGUCACCAUUUAUCAAGAACGCUACCUUCAGGCUCCUACAACAAAGGAUCUAGAUAUGCUCCUACAAAGAGCCGAGCGACGAGGGUUUCCUGGAAUGAUAGGUUCGCUUGACUGCAUGCAUUGGCAGUGGAAGAAUUGUCCAGUGGGAUGGCAGGGUAGCUUUAGCGGCAAAUCAAAAAAGCCAACCAUUGUUCUCGAAGCUGUGGCAGCAGGUCAGUCACCACAUCUUAACUACUAUGUGAACGGGACUCCUUAUGAGUUUAGGUACUACCUUGCUGAUGAUAUUUACCCUAAAUGGGCGACGCUGGUGCAAUCUAUUAGACAACCUGAGAAUGAACAGGAGGAGUAUUUUUUCACAAAACAGGAGGCGUACCGCAAGGAUGUUGAAAGGGCAUUUGGAAUUCUACAAGCACGAUUUGCAAUAAUUAGGCAACCUGCAAGAGGUUGGGAUAAGGAUUCAUUAUCAACAAUCAUGUUGGCUUGCAUAAUACUUCAUAACAUGAUUGUGGAGGAUGAGCGAGAUGACUACUAUAAUGAUGAGUCUGAUGAUGAUGAACCAAACCCAAAUAGGUCAAGGAGAGCUCGAGCAAGAAUAUAUGAUGGCCCAAACUUACCUCUUGAUUCAAGAACCGGGCAAAUUACAAUGGUCGAAUACGUGUCUUGUUACCGAAGGGUACGCUCUCAAAUUGGAAAUAGUAAUCUGCGAAAAGAUCUUGUCAAACAUGUUUGGUCAAGAAGAGAACAAGGAAGACAAGGCUAG